GAGAUCGCGCUGUUUGCCUGCCCUCUGAUUGACAGAGGAGACGUUGACUUGGUGUUUCCUUUGGCAGCCUCUCUGCUCCCAUCUCUCUCUCUAUUCCUGCUCAGCAACUUUAAAGAGGGAUGCAGACCAUAGCGGACUAAAAUGGCUCUCCACCGGUGGAUUUAUCUCUUGUUGCACACACUCCACUUCAUCCUCACCAGCGAUGCCGCUAGGUCUCAUCCAGCUAACGAGGUUACCCUCUUGGAUUCCAUGUCAGCUCCUGGAGACUUGGGCUGGGUUGCAUAUCCUCCAGAAGGGUGGGAAGAAAUCAGUGUUAUGGAUGAAAGGAACACGCCGAUGCGAACAUACCAGGUCUGCAAUGUCAUGGAAGCCUAUCAGAAUAAUUGGUUGCGGACUAGUUGGAUUCCCCGGGAUGGAGCCCAUCGUAUUUAUAUUGAGAUUAAGUUUACGCUCAGAGACUGCAACAGUCUGCCAGGUGUUCCAGGAACAUGCAAGGAGACCUUUAACAUGUAUUAUUAUGAGUCUAACAAUAACAAUUUGUGGUAUAUUAAGGAGACUCAAUAUAUAAAGAUUGACACAAUUGCUGCUGAUGAGAGCUUCACCCAGGUGGAUGUUGGUGAUAGAGUGAUGAAGUUAAACACUGAGGUGCGAGACAUUGGAUCACUGACAAAGAAAGGCUUUUACCUCGCCUUUCAAGAUGUGGGUGCCUGUAUCGCUUUGGUAUCAGUGCGGGUCUACUACAAAAAGUGCCCUUUAACAAUUCGUAACCUUGCAGAAUUUCCCGACAAGGUGACUGAGGGAGACUCCUCUCUGGUGGAAGUCCGAGGCUCCUGUGUCAAUAAUUCUGAGGAGUACGAUGUGCCUAAGAUGCACUGCAGCGCUGAUGGAGGAUGGUUGGUGCCUAUUGGACGAUGUGUCUGCAAACCAGGAUAUGAGGAAAAGAAGGAUACCUGCCAACCAUGUCGACCUGGUUUCUAUAAGGCCUCGUCCAUGGAUGCGUACUGCAUGAAGUGUCCACCUCACAGCUACUCAUAUCAAGAGGGCUCAUCCCAGUGUACCUGUGAGAAAAACUACUACAGAGCAGAGACAGACCCCAAGGCUAUGCCCUGUACAAGACCUCCGACAGCACCAGAAAAUCCCAUCUCCACAACAAAUGAGACCUCCAUCAUCCUGGAAUGGAGCCCACCAAGGGACAGCGGUGGCAGGAAUGACAUUACUUACAAUGUUCACUGCAAGAAGUGUGCGGGGGACAGCAGAAGGUGCAGUGUCUGUGGUAGCGGUCUCCACUUCAUCCCCCGCCAAUUUGGAUUAACAUACACAAAAGUUCUUGUUACCAAUUUGCUGCCCCAUACGAAUUAUACCUUCAACCUUGAAGCUUUGAAUGGAGUCUCGGAGCUGAGCUCCAGGCCUAAGCAGUAUGUCUCUAUCAAUGUCACAACAAGCCAAGCAGUGAAUGUGAUCCUGAAGGAAAGAAGGAGUAAGGAUAGUAUCACUCUGGCUUGGCAGGGACCAGACCAUGCUAAUGGUGUCAUUGUGGAGUAUGAAGUUAUCUACUAUGAAAAGAAUCAAAAGGACCAAAACUACACAGUUUUAAGAACCAAAUUGAACAGCAUGACAGUGGACGGUCUAAAACCAGGCACGACAUAUGUGUUUCGGGUCAAGGCUCACACUAGCGGAGGACACGGCACUUAUGGUGGUGAAAUUGAGCUGGAGACCAGUCAAGAAGACAUGCUAGCUAUCGGUGAUCCAAACCAACCCACCAUCAUGGCAGUAUCCGUUGCUGGGGGGAUAGUGCUCCUGAUCUUUCUUGUUACCUGCUUUGUCAUUAGUGGAAGGCACUGUGGCUACAUCAAAGCAAAACAAGACCCGGAUGAGGAAAAAAUGCAGUUCCAUCAUGGUCAAGCUCAAUACCUUGUAAAAGGAGGCCUCAUUAUGAACAGUACACCCGUUCUGAUGACCAGCUGUUUUUCCCCUUCAACAGUCAGAUUGCCUGGGAGUAGAACUUACGUCCAUCCACACACCUAUGAAGACCCCAAUCAAGCUGUUCGGGACUUUGCAAAGGAAAUUGAUGCAUCCUGCAUCAGGAUUGAAAGGGUUAUAGGUGCCGGUGAAUUUGGUGAGGUUUGCAGUGGACGUUUAAAAUUACCAGGGAAGAGAGAGAUCUACGUGGCCAUCAAGAGCCUUAAAGCUGGUUAUUCAGAGAAACAACGCAGAGACUUCCUGAGUGAAGCAAGCAUCAUGGGACAGUUUGACAACCCCAACAUAAUCCGCUUGGAAGGGGUAGUUACAAAGUGCAAACCUGUAAUGAUAAUAACGGAAUACAUGGAGAAUGGAUCUCUGGACUCAUUUCUGAGGAAGCGUGAUGGACAAUUCACAGUCAUCCAGCUUGUUGGAAUGCUCAGAGGAAUUGCCUCAGGAAUGAAAUAUCUUUCAGACAUGAACUACAUACAUCGGGACCUUGCAGCAAGGAACAUUCUCGUGAACGGCAAUUUUGUCUGCAAGGUCUCAGAUUUUGGAUUGUCAAGAGUUCUGGAGGAUGACCCAGAGGCUGCCUAUACAACCAGGGGAGGAAAGAUCCCCAUCCGAUGGACAGCCCCAGAGGCAAUUGCCUACCGCAAGUUCACUUCAGCCAGUGAUGUAUGGAGUUAUGGGAUUGUUAUGUGGGAAGUUAUGUCAUAUGGAGAGAGGCCUUAUUGGGAAAUGUCCAAUCAAGAUGUGAUUAAAGCAAUUGACGAAGGAUAUCGCUUGCCAGCACCAAUGGAUUGCCCUGCUGUCCUUCAUCAACUGAUGCUAGACUGCUGGCAGAAAGCACGUGGAGACAGACCCAAGUUUGGUCAGAUAGUGAACAUUCUUGACAAGCUGAUACGAAACCCCAGUUGCCUCAAAACUCUAGCCAAUGAUGCAGCUUGGUCAGGCAAUUCCUUACAAGACCCAUGUACUCCAGACUCAUCAGCUAUUACGACAGUAGAUGAAUGGCUUGACGGUAUCAAAAUGGGCCAGUACAAGGAGAACUUUACUUCAGCUGGUUACACCACACUGGAUACUGUUGUGUACAUAAACAGCAGUGACCUCUGCAGAAUUGGAGUGACGGUGCUCGGACACCAGAAAAGGAUCCUGUGGAGCAUUCAGAACCUUCACACCAUGGCCAACCAGGUGCAUGGAACACACAUCCAAGUGUAAACAGACUCCUUGCAACUGGGCAUUGUGAGUUGGACUGUCAAAAAAAAAAGAGCCUACCAAAUGCUUGGCUUCCUUCCUCUUGUCAACAGUUCUUUUAUCACAGGUAAAAACAAAACAGACUUUCUUGAGAACACACAUGCACCAUUCAUACAGCAUGCGACUGUCUUUCUAUUGAAGAAAAUAUUCAUUAUUGGCACAUUCCAGUCAUACUAUUUUUUGAGAAAGGAAUAGAUAAGAAAAAAUGUGAAAAUGAUAAUCAAGGUUUACCAGAGCAAAGUAUAGUUUCCAAAUCAGAGAUGUUUUUGCACUCUAGUGGAAUCUUUAUAAUAGCCAGCAACAGUGAUCUGUCUCCUAGUUAUAGUUCCGUUUAUAUUUCAUCUGACCACUUCUAGAGGCUGCCAUCUUUACCUGGCUGAAAGCAGCCGAAAAAUCACAAUAAAGAUACAACCCAUACAUUUCUCAUUGUUUCAGUGUCAUGACAUCCUCUGUUAAGAGGUAAACACAUUUAGAUCAUUGGGAUUACACUGGAAAUCCAGUUUUGACACAACCUGAAUUGAUAAUCCCCAAAUAUCCACUGAUUGAGUGAAAGUCGAACUGUCUGCCAUAGCUCAGGUAGUUGAAAAUCUUUUAUAUUCACUUUUAAAUUAGGAAAACAUGGAGGAGGAUUCAAAAGACACUAGAAAGAAGAAUGGGAAGAAAUGGGAGGUAAACUGGUAGUUAUUGAUUAGGCAAUGUCAAGUGUGAAUCUUGCAGCUUUAUUACUGAGUAUGGGAUUUGCCCUGUUCCUCUGAAUCAAACAGCAGAUUAACUGACUGAGCCAGGUGUAGGCAGCGGAUGAAAUUAAUCACUGACAACAAAGGGGGAAAUAAAAAAAAACUGAACCUUGGUUAUUUUAUACAAUGAGCCCAUGGAUUCAAAUCUACAUUUCCAAUUUUGUCUAAUUCCCAAAAUGCAGUUUGGAUACCAGUUUCCGCAGGUUGUGUUUCACUUAUUUUAAACGAAUGGACUGGAAAACAAAUUGCUAAAUGAGAGGGAGCUGUCAAAAAGAAAGAACAAAUGGAAACAAGUGCCAGGAUCGCAAAGUCCAUCAGUGAUGACAAAGGAGAACUAUGAAAAAUAGUUGUUUGGAUUCACACUGGGUUUUCUGCUUUAAAUCUCAGAGAGGUGGAAUGUGAUUUUAGAGCCAGUAUAAAGAGAAAGAUCUGAUUGGAUCAUUAAAAACAAGAAUAAAUAUUUGCCCUUGACAUAAAAUAAACUCCCAUCUAUGAACAGAUGUUUUUUUGCUCAGCAAGUGCAAGACUAUGCUUUAUAACAUGUACGGAGUUUUGGAGUAGUUAACAUUUUCUAUAUUGCAUACAAACAAUAAUGAUUUGACAAUAGGUUUACACUGACUUCUAUUUUUUCCUCCAUUUACUUUAUGUUGACUGAAUGUUCAAAAGUGAAGGGAGAAAUUCUUUGAUAAUUUGCUACCCUCCAAACUGUGUUCAAUUUAAUAGUUUGUUGGACACCUGACCAGAUUGGAGGAAAUAUCUGUGGGGAUGCUCACUGCAAGUAGGAGAACUGCAAAAAUUGAAUUUACUCAGCUCUACACAGUCAGUUCAGGCAUGAUUUCGUCUUGAUUUUAAAGUUAUAGCCAUUGCAUCUCCCUAUACUGUAAUCGCACAAAGUAGGAAUUAGGGCAUCAAAUAAACCUUUGACCAUAGCUCCAAGAAAACUGCUAAGUCUCCUCAUUACAAAAUAUUUGGGAGUGUGGAUAGCCUUUCCAUUUCAUAUUUUCUUCUUACAAGUGAAUCAGGAUGUGCCAGAUAUCUAUUCAAAGUCUAUUAUAUUUGCACAAAAACAUCUAAUUAGAUUACAAGCAGCCAGGAGUCAAUAGAAAGACCAAAACUUCAGCUGGGAAUUGCAGGGACUGCUUCUAUUGUGCAAAAGACCCUCUUACCUACUUGUGACCAUCAUGAGAUUCCUUGAAAUCUGCCUUAUCAUGGAAUAAACUCAGUUUCUGAAUUGCAGAAUAAAUGCUCGAACUUUCAAAGGGCUGUUAUAGAUUGAGUCAAAACAUAUUUCCGUCAAUGAAUAAAACUGUCUCAUCGAUGUUAUCAGCCACAUUAACUCAUUUAAUUACAAUUAUCAUUGAGAAAUACUGAAAUGCCAAGCGUACCUAUGGAACUUUACCAACUUUAGGCAGUUUUAGAGAAAAUAGAAAUCAUACACAAGUAGGAAGUUUAAAUUUUAUUAACAUACCUGUGUUUGCUUCAUAUGUGACAUUUUCUCAGAUUGUUAUUAUGCUGUGGUUUGAAAAUUAAAGGUGGGGGGAUGGUAGGUCUAUGCAUAUACAAUUUCGUUAUGUAUAACAGACAGAGGAAGUCUUCCUGUGUAAAAAUAAUUUUCACGUCCCCUGGCCUAAGUUGUACCUAUGUCUAAUCAUUUCCAAGAAUACAGAAAUGAAAUGACACAUCCAGAAGGAAGCAUAUUUCUGAUGACAACAUUGUGAUGGUUUGGGUCAAGAAGCAGGUUCAAAAAAAUGCAAAAUAAAAGACAAAUGUUUAUGUGAAUUGAAUACAACCAUGGCGUUUGUCAGCAUCCUCUUUGUGACAAAGCGUAUGCCAUAGUUGUGUGCAGAUUUCAAGCAGAAAACAAUGAUAACCAAUUGUCUUUAACUCCAUUUGCUAGACUUUUUGAAAAAUUUGUGAGGAAUCACUUUCAAAAUCCUUACAAGGGAGUGAUCUUUUCAAUUGCGUUAAAGUGGCAAUUAAACGUAAGGCAGUUUUGAUACCCAGGAAGGAGUUGCUAUCUCUGGAAUCUUAUUGGCAUGACAAUAUGCUGACAAUGUGUAAAUGUGCAUGCAAGAAAACAUGUAGGUCUACCAGCUGCUGGGAGCACUUAGAUCUGAAGCUUUCUGCAGGCCAUAUGUGGCAUGCUGUGGCCAAGAAAGAGACCUCUGAAAUCCAAUGGAGUGUUUGGCAAUCUCAUCUUUUCACGCUGAUUGUAUAACUAAACUGUCGUCAUGUGACCUUCUAAAUCGAACCUGGACCAGAGUGAUUAGAGUGACCAAGUGUUGCUGCACAUUCACAUUGUUUGUUGGAAUAAGAUGACAACACUUCAGGUGCAGCAUACCCACACUAUGGAGAAAUAUACAGCAACAUUGGUAUGAAAUAAAGAAUGAGUGAGAGGCUAUCAAAGUAAAAGAUGCAUAUCAAAACAGUUUAAAGAGGAAGUAAGGUGGUUCAAUUCGCUGAUAAAUGAAGUAGUUUCACAAUGUGUUCACCUAAUUCAAAGCAAAUUAACAGAGAUAGGCUUCAGUGUAACUUUACUUGUACCAGACUUUAGACAGCUUAAAACCCUCAGUACAAGAGGUUUUUAACAGUGCACGACUACCAUUUUGUAAUAGCACCAUGUUGACGGUAGAACAAAAGGAAGUGAAUUUUGUACCAUAUUGUAAAAAAUGUACAGUGUGACUGACAUAAAAGUAUAGAAUGUUUAUAGUUGUGAAUUUUUAAAUUACUAAACUAAACCGGCUCCAUCACUAAGAGCAGAGUGACCAAACAAAACUGCUGCGGUGCCAUAGGAAAAGUUUGCAAAUUUGUGAAGAAAAUAACAUUCAUGUUAGUACAAGGUUAGCAACUGACCUGUGUGUUAUAAAGUUUUGUUUAAUAAUAUACUUAGGGCUGUGUCAAUCAAAUGAUUGUAAUUCAAGUAACAAAUGAAAACGGGAACUUCAAUGUAACUGGUGAGCCUGACAUUGAAACAGCUGCUAUAUGUGUGGUUCAGUACACCAGAUCAAUUCUCAUCUGCACUACAACAGUGGCUAUACUUCAAACAAGUGUUUUGGUGACUGUAAAGCACUUUGGGAUCCGCUAAAACAACAGCAUUGACGGUUCCGUCGAGUGUUCUUUGCAGACCAUGUUGUACAUGAAUUGUAAUGCAAAAAUUAUUUUAACCCUCUUCCCUGGCUCAAAGCACUCCACAGCCAUCACCAUUCUACAAGGCAUAAUGUUCCGCUCCCUAGACAUGGUAAAAAGGGGAAAUAAUUGGGCGAAUUUGCUGUGUAGAGAAACUCAGCCCUUUCUUGCCACCUCUGCAAUUAAAUGCUGAGUAAGGGGGGCCCUGGGUGACUUGGAGAUUUUUUUUUGGAAGAAAGUUAACCUGUUCAGGAAUAUUAUCACACACCUUGAGAGCAGGCUGGACUUGAACUCGAGACUCCUGGUCCAGAUAAAGGGACACUGCCAUUGUGCUACAACACCACUCAAAGCCUACUACAUGUGACAUUCCCAGGCAGUCUCCCAUCCAAGUGUGAAUCAGGCCCAAGUUUGCUUAGUUUGAGAUCAGGUGAGAUUGGACAUUUUCAGAACAGAAUGGCCGUAAGCCAUGGGUAAUAAUUAAUACCUUUAUAUGGUCAAUUGAUAGAAAUUUAAAUGCCUCGGCUCACCACCUCCCUGAUUACUUGGCAGGCAAUAAACGAUCCCUGGGAAACCAGGAUGGUCAGCUUGUCAAUUUUUGGAAGUCUCUAAUUUGGUACAAUUCAGAGGCACAGAUUGAGGAGGGUAGUGACCUCAAAGCCACUGCCACCUCCUUUCCCUGAUCUCUGACAUCACUCUCCUGGUACAAAAUAAUAGCUCUGGUCACUGGAUCCCCUGGAUUAGGUCUUAACCAGAGAUCAUUGGGACCUCACCUAUGCAUUGCCUACCAGUUUAUGGUAUGGAGUUCUCUCAAUGGUGAGGAUAGAAACACAAGAUGCUUUCCCCAAUACUUUGGCCAAAAAAAAAGCCACCUUCAGUGAGUAGAUAUUCUACUGGGAUAUUCCAAGUUAGGAAAGCAGAUAAAGUGUUACAAUCGCCUUUGUGCCCUGGAAUGUGAUUGUGGGAAAACUUAAGAACAUCUAUGCAUCCCAAUGCUGUUUAAUGCCCAGCAACACCUAGAAAAUGUGCAUUAAAGGUGAAGCUUUGAUCAGGUUUGACUAUAAAAGAAGAUUGUUGUUCAUUCAUUCUCAGCCUUCUGUAUGACAAUAGCAUUUAGUUGAAGGGAGGUAGAAUGGUGACUUCCUGUGAAUUUGUGCUCAGACUGGAGACAUCUCUGCCAAGAUGGUAGGGGAAUCCCUAAUGUAAGUGCCACUUCAGUAAAAAUAAUUCUUUUUUGUAACCCUGACAACUCCUUAGCAAGAUUAACGUUUAUGGUGGGUGCUGUAUCCCAAAGUGCCUAAUGGCUCAGAAGGUUAGGACCAGUUUAAUGGCUGUUUCAAUGUGAUUCAUGCAUUAUGAAAUUCUCUAUUGCAUCAUCAAAACAGUCAGUUGGUACAGCCCUAAAUGCUGAUGAGCCUGUUUUCAGCCUGAAUGUGAGAUAUGAGACUAUGGCCUUUUUACCAUGUACGUGUUAAUUUAUGCUUCUUAAUUUGUGGUCUUGGUUCUCUGUUUACUGUAUCAAGUGACCAUUGUUCCUCAAUUUUGCUUCAAGGAGUUCGCUGGUGGCACAUCAGCUUUGUUUCAAUUUUUAUGUCGCUGUAAUAAAUAUGCAAAUAUUUUUGAUUUUUUUUCA